CUUGUUUCCUCCGCUGUAUGACCCUUUAACAACAGAAGUUCAGCUGGUUUUUACAAACAAGUCGUGACGAUCAAGUGUUCAGCGAUGUCAUUACCGAAGCACCUCCUGCCCCUUGCUGCUCUCCUCCUUCUGUCCAUCUUUCCCACUGAAACUAAAGUGGUGGCAUCAGUGGAAGACUGUAAGGAGGUUUUUCUUCAGCAAACUCCACCACACAUCCCAGGAAUUUUGGAAGGAGGGAUCAUCCUGGACCAAAACAGAUACAAACUAAUUCGCCAGACUUUCAGUAACACCAGAACAUUUGUGACGCUGUACGACACAAAGAACAAGAUUCCAGUUUUUUCUGCUGCAAAGUACAGAGGGGGAGCUGGAGGCAAGAGGCCCAAGAUCAAAUGGAUGAUUGAACCACAGCUUGAAAACAUACGAGACAAAGGCAUCAUGAGAAAAUCAAACAAGAACAUCAUCUACAACUACCAGGCUGGAAAUGAAGAUUACAAAAACAACCAAGGGUUUGACAGAGGACAUUUAUUCCCAAACUCGUACGGAUCCACUCCUAUUGAAAAAAGGAGCGUGAGGAACCUGGAGGUUUUUACUCAGGCCUGAGUUGUUUCUCCCAGUUUCCUUAAUGAAGCUUCAAACUUACCCAGUGAGGUAGGUUUGCUUUGUGAUGUGUAACAUGGUAACUGUGUGUUCAGAGAGUAUAAGAAAGAAAAUAUCAGCCUGACAUAAUC